AGAAACAAGACUAGAAAAGUCCAUCUAACACUUUGAUAUAUCACAUUUUUCCAUCUUUUCUUUCCCUUCAACUAUGGAAAAUUUUCCCUAUAGCUCAUCAAACCCUAACCCUAAUUUUAUCGAUGCAUCGGAGAAUUUUGAGCUCUCCGAUUAUAAUUAUCUUUUUCUUGAUGAUGGAUCGAGUGACGAUUUUUUGUCACAAAAUGAAAUUGUUCAAAGUGUUUCCGAUAGUAGUGGUUCAUAUUCAAAUAAUCCUACUCCAACAAGUCAUAACAUAAAAUGUAUGAAAGGUAUAAAGAAGGUGGAUGCAAAGUCUAAGGUUGCAUUUAGAUUUAGAUCAGAGUUGGAGGUGUUGGAUGAUGGAUUUAAAUGGAGGAAAUAUGGCAAAAAGAUGGUCAAGAAUAAUCCAAAUCCAAGGAAUUACUACAAAUGUUCAAGUGGGGGAUGCAAUGUGAAGAAAAGAGUAGAAAGGGACAAUAAAGAUUCAAGCUAUGUCAUUACUACUUAUGAAGGGAUUCACAACCAUGAGAGUCCUUAUGUGCUUCACUACACACAAUUCCCUCCCAACAAUAUUGCCCUUCACAAUCUUCGCCUUUAGAACCUCUUAAACGUGUUAGUAAAGUUUAGUUAUAUAUUUGUAUUAUGGUAGGUUCUAAUGGAGCACUUUGAUCAUAUGAUAAAGUGUUUUUAUUGAACAUUUUCAGCUUAUGUUUAAAAAAAAUUGUGCACGGAUUUUCAAGUGCCCAGUAUAUAGAUAAGUUAAUCGCAUAAAA